GAGAUGUCUGCCCAGAGGUUAAUUUCUAACAGAACGUCCCAGCAAUCCACAUCUAAUUCUGAUUAUACCUGGGAAUAUGAGUAUUAUGAGAUUGGACCAGUUUCCUUUGAAGGACUGAAGGCUCACAAAUAUUCCAUUGUGAUUGGAUUUUGGGUUGGUCUCGCGGUCUUCGUGAUUUUCAUGUUUUUCGUGCUGACUCUGCUGACCAAGACAGGAGCCCCUCACCAAGACAAUGCAGAGUCUACGGAGAAGAGGUUCAGAAUGAACAGCUUUGUGUCAGACUUUGGAAGGCCACUGGAGCCAGAUAAGGUCUUUUCUCGACAGGGCAAUGAAGAAUCCAGGUCCCUCUUUCACUGCUACAUGAAUGAAGUGGACCACUUGGACAAGGCCAAAGCUGGUCCCCAGACCACCGCCCUCGAUGGUGAAGUUCAACUCCAGGAAGCCAUCAGAUGCAGCGGGCGGCCAGAGGAGGAGCUGAACAGGCUCAUGAAAUUUGACAUCCCCAACUUUGUCAACACAGACCACAACUCCUCCUUUGGGGAAGAUGAUCUCCUGAUUUCGGAACCACCUAUUGUUCUAGAAAAUAAGCCAGUUGCCCAGACUUCACACAAAGACUUGGAUUGA